AUGGCCAGAAAUCUACAACAGCAGCCCCAACCAGCAGUCAACUAUCAAAGCUGCCCCCAAGCUAGUGGAGGACCAGUAAUAUCUGGUGUUUCUUCGCAACAAGUGAAUUACCCUCCAUAUCCAGUAACACCAGGGUAUCCAGGAUAUGGAGGACCUAGUCCAAUAAGUGGAGGAGGAGGCCCACUUCCUGCUGGUGGAUACUAUCCUUCAGGUGCUCAGGGAUACUAUGGUCCCCCUAAACCUGGAGAAUACCAUGGGUAUCCACCUGUGCCUGCAUAUCCAAACUACAAUAACACUUCCCAGACAGAACAGUUUCAGUUUUAUCCCCCAGUCUCAAGACCCCCAGUAUAUGGGAACCCCCCUCAAAUGGGUAAUUACAUGUGUCCACCUUAUCCUACUGGAUAUUCUGAAUAUUUUCAAAAGCCUGUACCUUUCUCUGUCUCAG